AUGACAACAUUUUCUGCCCCGGUCACUACUCCCAAGUCAACGCCCACCAAUCAGUCCGCGUUGGCCGCCUCCUUUACCAAUUUCCUUACAGUUUCGAUACACCAGAUUCUCUUCCUCCGAUCGGUCUAUCCCAGGGCUACUUUCCUCCCUGUCCGAGCUUAUAAUUACCCUGUCCGACAAUCCCGUCAUCCCAAGGUGUGUGACUACAUCAAUGACGCCUCAAUUGCGGUCGGGACGGAGAUCUUGAAAGGCACAAUUACUGCUGUCAGUAUUAUCAUUUCUUCUCUCCGCACAAAUCAACCCCUCGAACGGUAUGCUUUUGACCUGUCUGGUUUCCCUCGGGUUCCCGCCGGAGAGGUCAACACCACCUUUGAAGACAGAUGUCAAGAACCAUCCAAGGCAGGUGGCCCCUUGCCAGAACGGGGGCCCGCGCCUCAAACCGUCGACCUUGAGGCGCAAUUCCGCGCCUGUCUUGCAAGACUCGCAUCUGCUUGUGCCCGCUUGACCCCAUUGCCGCGGGACGAUGAAUUUAGCUUUACCGUCUGCAUUGAAGUCCGGGAGGAUGCUUUACCACCUGCUGGUACAACCACAGAAGAACAGACGUGGAUUGUAGCAGAACCCGGAAAGGUUCAUCUUCGCUCCUGUUCUGCGCCUUAUUCAGUCUCCAAACUGCGAAACGGCGAGCCGCACCAGCCGCCACCAAGGGUGUCGAACGGUCGUGCCAAAACCGUCCCUGUGCGGCGUGUAGAAGCCGGUGAACUUCGCUUGGAACUAUGGGUGGAAGAGGCACGACAGAAGUUUAAUGAGCCUGUGGAUUCAGAAUAUCCACCAUAA